AUGCUUUCUAAAUAUUUCCCAUCAAAUUCGGAAUUAAGUACAAGUUUGAAGUUAAGAUCAAAGGAAUAUCUUCGGGAAAAUUCUCUUCAUGGACUUCCUUACCUCAUGGACCCGUCAAAAAGAACUUAUGCGAGAGUGGGUUGGCUUAUUUGUGUCCUUGUUUCUUUGGUUGCUACUAUUGGUACGAUAUUGACGCUUUGGGAUAAAUUUCAAACAUCACCCACAUUAAUGGGAAUUGAUAUUCUGACUGAUGAUUUUGAAAUUUAUUUCCCGAAUGUUUUCCUCUGUUUAAAUUGGGAAUUAUUUCCAGUGGUGAAUAAUUCAAAAUUGGAUCCGGUAAGUAACAGGACUAACAGGGGUUCUCCGCAUGUGAGAGCCGAGCUGCACUCGUCAGCUAACUUCACAGUGGCUCCGAUUUGCUGCCUGGAUGUAAGAUUUUUAUCAGUCAAUCAGCGUCAAUGUACUUUUGACGAUGAAAGCGUUUCCUAUUCCUAUUGUGAGAGAAACUGCUUUAUUAACAAAAUUAGAUCACUCUGCUCUUGCUUGCCUUGGUUUUUAGCACCGACUCCAGAGGAUGAAUGUAAACCGGAAGGGUAUUCCUGUUUGAUCACAGCUCGAAAAAUGUCUUCAAAAUUAGAUUGCAAUUGUUAUCUUUCAUGUAAUCAUAUUGAUUAUAAUGUGCAAUUAGUUGAAAGAUACUGGAAUACACGGAUAAAUAUAAGUUUGUAUCCUUGGCCACAUUUGAUUUAUAAACGCGAAAUAAGUUUUGGAUGGGUGGAUCUUGCGGUUUCCUUUGGAGGCAUUGCUGGAUUUUUUCUCGGGUUUUCAGUCUUGACUUCUUUCGAAUUGUGGUAUUAUUUUACCCUCCGUACUUACUGCGGUGCUGUACAUAGCGCCCCUAAAAAGGGAAUCAGUAUUGCAGUAAAAGAAGCACCGAAAAAGUUGUUAAAAAGUAAAAGAGGAAAUUAUAAAAAUGUCCGGAAGGAAUUCAAGUUUUUCAAAAACGAGUUUGCUAAUUAA